AGUAUCGGGCAUCCCUUUACACUCCCCUUCAGAAAAACACAGCGGAGCGCACGAACACCAUCGGGUCUCUCAUUAAUCCUGCUUCAUAUAUAUAUUUCGGGAGAUUGACAUGCUGAGCACCGUGCUGAAACAACUGAAAAGCCACCCGGCUUUGAUUCCUCUCUUUAUCUUCAUCGGUGGUGGAGCGACCAUGUCUAUGCUUUACCUGGGCCGCCUUGCGCUGAAGAACCCUGACUGCUCAUGGGAUCGCAAGAACAACCCAGAGCCUUGGAACAAACUGGGACCAAAUGACCAGUACAAGCUCUUCUCGGUCAACAUGGACUACUCUAAACUGAAGAAGGACAGGCCUGACUUCUGAGCAGAGCCCAGUAACACUUGCUGCCCUGGAAGUCUAACACGGAUACUUGAUCUUAUCUGUGAAUGUGAAUUUUAAAUUAUUGAACAAACUGAAAGGGAGCACAUACACAUGCUGUGUAAUCUGAAUGUCUAUCUUUAGUCAGAAACAAUAUUUUGUACAGACAAAAAUCAAAGGAAAUGCAUCGUCAAACCCGUAUCAAUAUCAUCUGUGAUGAUAUUCCUGUUAUCCAAAUAAACACAACAAACAGCAAUAA